AUGUCCGAUGUACCCCCGCAAGCCAUGACCGACGUCCCAACCCAGCUCCCGGAGCUACUCCGGCCGUGGUCUCUACCGUUUGACCUCGCGGAAUGCGUCCUCAUUCGCCUUCCGGUGAAGACCCUCAAGCGCUUCCGGGGCGUCGAGAAGUCCUGGCGUGCUCUGAUCGACAGCGAGAAGUUCGCAAAAGCCCACCUGAAGCAGUCCCUGGCUUCCAACUCCAACAGGAAUAUCAUCAGCGGCGUGUUCGGCUUCCAGUGGAUGGGCCUGGACUCGCUCGACGGGGCACGGUCUAUCGAGCUCGAGUGCGAGUACGACAAGAGAGGCGUGCACGCGGUUUCCAACUCCAUCAACGGGUUGUUUGUGGUGACGAGGGAGCCGGAGCCUCCAAUUCUGUGGAACCCUUUCGCGAGGGAGUACAAGGUAUUGCCCAAAUGUCCGGUUGAUUUCUCGCUCGAAUCGUCCUGCUAUUGUGAAACCACGCACGGGUUCGGCUACGACUCCGAAAAUGACGACUAUAAGCUUGUGAAGGUUAUGUGGUUUGGAAAUCGCAAUGUCUGGUUGCUGUCCGAGGAGUGGAUUUACAGCCUUAAGUCGAAUUCCUGGAGGAGGACCGUCGGCACUUUCUACAGGGGGCACUGGCCCACCCACUUUGAAGGCGUCCUCCAUACUCUUGUUCGGACCGGUUGGGGUCCUGGUCUGUCUGAUACUAAGAUCAUGGGUUUUAGCAUUGUAAGCGAGACCGAACAUGAGGUGGCGAUGCCCAAGGCAGACGAGAAGGGUCUUGUUCAUCUGAAGCUGGACUUGUUCGAUGGACGUCUGCUUGCUCUGUUCUGUACUUAUGCUUCUACUUAUGCUUCUGAUGCCGUGGUAUGGGUGAUGGAGGAGUACGGAGUUAAGGAGUCGUGGGUCCCGCUGAUAACGAUGCGGAUCGAAAAAAAUGGUUUCAUUUGGCCGAUUGCUUACACCAAGGAUUUUGACAAGAUUUUGGUCAACUGCAGUGGUAGAGCACUUGUUCUAUUUGGUGUGAGGAGGCAUAGUGUUCAGCAGAUUGCAUUGCCUUAUGGAGUUUGGAAUAAGCUUUGUGUUGAGACACUGAUUUCGCCUCAGGGCUGGUACAAAAAGGAUUCCAGGGAAGAAAGCUCGACUAAGGAUCAUAUCGAGGAUGGAGGAAAUGAAAACAACGGCAAAGAGACGAUGAAGAAGGACAAUGGAGUUGAUGUCUUGGUGUCGGGGUUCAAGAUGUUGCUGUGA